AUGGACUAUAGUGAUCAAUUCACAACUUAUUCGAUAUUUAAUGGUAGAGAUGAAUUACUUCGAUGGGCUCGUGAACAAGAAAAAUUGAAUAAUAUUGUCAUUGUAAUUAAAAGGUCUGAUUAUGGAGGUGAGGGCAAGAGGAGACCUCGUGUAAUACUUGCUUGUGAGAGGAACGGUGUCAAUAUUGGUGAUGGGGAUGAUUGGAAGUUGGAGGUGGGUUGUGGAGUACACAACCAUCCUAUUUCAGAGUAUCUUCAAGGUCAUUCAUUUGUGGGGCGACUUACUGAAGAGGAGAAUGCCUUGUUGGUGGACAUGUCUAAGAGUUUGGUGAAACCCAGAGAUAUUUUGGUCACCAUUAAAGAUAGCGAUGCAAUGAAUGUUUCAACUAUGAAAACAAUAUACAAUGCUAGGAUCCGAAAUAGAACCAAAGAAUUUGCUGGGAGAACCCAAAUGCAACAAUUGCUUACUAAGUUAUCCGAACACAAGUAUAUUGAGUGGCACAUGACAUCUGGUGAUAUUAAGGGACCUCUUCUCGGCCAUGGCACCUGUUCAUGGACUGAAACGGCCACGUUUCGUCAAACAUUUAGCCUUUUCGAAAACAGAAGAAAAAUACGAAGGCAGGAUCUUCUUGGCCUCACAACCACAGCAUUAUGGGCCGAGGCCGAGGUCCAUGAGAGAGACGGCCAAAGCAUUAUAAACCCAAACAUUCUCACAAAGCGUUCUCACAGCUUCAGGUCAGAUCACCAACCACUGGACCAGAGCAUUAAAUGCGUUCCCACAGCCAAGAGUGCAGAGCCCAAGAUCAAGGCGGUGGCCGAGAUUUAUGGGGGUCACACCACCAUGCUUCACGAUCCCAAAUGCCGAUUUGACUAUCCACUUGCCCCGAUCAGACUCCACCAUGCUUCUCAACCCCAAACCACCAUGCUUCACGAUCCCAAAUGCCGAUUUGACUAUCCACUUGCCCAGCCAGGCUCCACCACGCAGGUCUUGUCAGCCUUGAAUGUCCUUCCGGGACUCCUAUAA